UCAUAACGUACAGUUUACGCGGCACUCGGAUUGCGCGCGCACGGACGCAAAGAAGCACGUUCUUGCGGCGUACCUGUCGAGUUACGGAGAGAAAACGCCGCCGUUUAAAGAGCCCAGAGACACGGCCGCGCUCCGCCCUCAUCAUCCCCCCGUUCCCCGGCGUGCAAAUCGCCUCCCUGGAAGCGCGCGGACGCGCGCGCAGCACCCAAGACAACCCCGCGCGCAGCCCGCAGAGACCUGUCUCUUUAAGUCGGUGUCAAAGCCGAUUACAGCUCAUCUCAGCCGCGGUUCUGCUUUACCGUCUGUUCACUCGAUCCCUCCCCCCCUCACAAACAGUUACGUGUACGAAAAGCUUUCUUUCCCCCCCUUUCCAUGGCUGCUUUGUGUUGUUUUUAUCUUUUGACAAAAAGAAAAAACUAAGUAAUGUUUCCAGAACCGCUCUGGCUGCCUCCCGCGUUCGGAUAAACUCGCCUCUCGGAGUCUCGUUGCUCGUCAGGAUUCCUCGUGACGCGGCGCUCGAAGCAGCGGGCAACUUUUAUCGCUCCGCACGCGGCGUCGCCGGCGGUGAGCUUCUACUUCCAGCUGCCCUUGUUGCUUAUCAUGCGUUUCGCUCUGCGUUUCUCUUUCUGCGCGACGUGAGGCAGAGGAAGCCGGAGGAGGAGGACAAUGCAGAAAAGUGUGCGCUACAACGAGGGACACGCGCUCUACCUGUCGGCGCUCGCGCGCAAAGAGGGCACGAAGCGCGGCUACCUGAGCAAGAAGACGACGGAGAACAGCCGCUGGCACGACAAGUUCUUCGCCCUCUAUCAAAAUAUACUGUUUUACUUCGAGAGCGACCAGAGCGCGCGGCCCUCCGGGAUUUACUUGCUGGAGGGAUGUUCGUGCGAAAGGGUCCCGGCGCCGAAAAUGUCCACCGUGGGCAAGGAGACCCUCGACAAGCUGCACUACUUCCAGAUUGUCUUUGGCCACGAUGGGCAAAAGCCGCUGGAACUGCGCAUGGAGGAGGAGGCAGAUUGUGACGAAUGGGUGGAGGCCAUCCAGCAGGCCAGCUACUCUGACAUAAUCAUUGAGCGUGAGGUGCUGAUGCAGAAGUACAUCCACCUGGUGCAGAUUGUGGAGACUGAGAAGGUGGCGGCAAAUCAGCUCCGCACUCAGCUAGAGGACCAAGACACGGAGAUUGAGCGGCUCAAAGCUGAGAUCAUAGCCCUGAAUAAAACCAAGGAAAGAAUGCGGCCUUACCACAUAUGUCAAGAGGACGAAGACCCGGAUAUUAAGAAGAUCAAAAAGGUCCAGAGCUUCAUGCGUGGAUGGCUGUGUAGACGGAAGUGGAAGAUCAUUGUUCAGGACUAUAUCUGCUCUCCCCAUGCAGAGAGCAUGAGGAAGAGGAACCAGAUUGUCUUCAAUAUGGUGGAAGCCGAGACGGAGUACGUCCACCAGCUCUCCAUCCUGGUCAACUGCUUUCUGCGGCCGCUCCGAAUGGCGGCUAGUUCUAAGAAGCCACCCAUCAGUCAUGAUGAUGUCAGCAGUAUCUUCCUCAAUAGUGAAACCAUUAUGUUCCUUCAUGAAAUAUUUCAUCAAGGCCUCAAAGCACGGAUAGCAAACUGGCCUACUUUAGUUUUAGCUGAUCUGUUUGACAUCUUAUUGCCCAUGCUGAACAUCUACCAGGAGUUUGUGCGGAACCACCAGUACAGUCUGCAGGUUCUGGCCAACUGCAAGCAGAAUCGAGAUUUUGACAAACUGCUGAAGCAGUACGAGUCCAAUGCUGCCUGCGAGGGCAGGAUGCUGGAGACGUUUCUGACGUACCCUAUGUUUCAGAUCCCACGGUACAUCAUCACGCUCCACGAGCUUCUGGCCCACACACCUCAUGAGCACGUGGAACGCAAGAGCCUGGAGUUUGCCAAGUCCAAGCUGGAGGAGCUGUCUAGGGUGAUGCACGAUGAAGUGAGCGACACCGAGAACAUCCGCAAGAACCUGGCCAUCGAACGCAUGAUUGUUGAGGGCUGCGAUAUUCUGCUGGACACCAGUCAGACGUUUGUGCGCCAAGGCUCUCUGAUUCAGUUGCCCUCCGUCGAGCGUGGGAAGCUCAGUAAAGUGCGGCUGGGCUCCCUGUCCCUGAAGAAGGAGGGCGAGCGCCAGUGCUUCCUGUUCACCAAACACUUCCUCAUCUGCACUCGCAGCUCUGGCGGCAAACUGCACCUGCUCAAACAAGGUGGGGUCCUGUCCCUGAUCGAGUGCACGCUCAUCGAGGAGCCAGAUGCCAGCGAUGAGGAAUCCAAGACCUCAGGCCAAGUGUUCGGUCACCUGGACUUCAAGAUUGUGGUGGAGCCGUCGGAUGCUUCGUCUUUCACCAUAGUUCUGCUGGCCCCGUCUCGCCAGGAAAAAGCAGCCUGGACCAGUGACAUCAGCCAGUGCAUUGACAACAUCCGCUGCAACGGCCUCAUGACCAGUGUGUUUGAGGAGAACUCUAAAGUCACCGUGCCUCACAUGAUCAAAUCUGAUGUACGGCUCCAUAAAGACGAUGUUGAUAUUUGCUUCAGCAAGACACUCAACUCCUGCAAGGUUCCCCAGAUCCGCUAUGCCAGCGUGGAGCGCCUUCUCGAGCGACUGACAGAUCUUCGCUUCCUCUCGAUUGAUUUCCUCAAUACUUUUUUGCACACUUACCGCAUCUUCACCACCGCUGCAGUUGUAAUGGACAAACUGGCUGACAUCUACAAGAAGCCCUUCACUUCCAUUCCUGUCAGAGUCCAGUAUCAUUCAUUUGACCGCUUGUCCAUCACCUCCAUAUGUCCAGACUACAACCUGAAGAUCAGGAAGCUUGCACUGGAUCAGUCAAAGUCCUUGGAGCUCUUCUUUGCCAGCAGUCAGAACAACAGAGGCGGGGAAUCCACAAAUGAGAAGUCGCCUCGGCUGUGCCGCAAGUUCUCCUCCCCGCCUCCUCUCUCCAUGCCCUCUCGCACCUCCUCACCUGUACGAGCCCGAAAACUCUCACUAAGCUCACCUGUGGGCACCAAGGUGGGAGCCCUGGACCUUUCCACCACCAACUCCUCCUCUUCUGCGGGAAGCAGUCCAACAUCUACCAGCUACCCCAGCAUGUCGCCCCCACCUGCCAACAGUAAGGCCCCGCUGGACUUGAGCAGGGGCCCCUCCUCGCCUGAGCAGAGCCCUGGGGCCCAGGAGGAGAAUGCAGAGCUGCCACGGAUCGAUGCCCUUUGUGGGAAACUGCGGCGCAGCAUCCGGAGAGCUGUGCUGGAGUCUGUGUCACUGGACAAGUUCAUCCCAGAGGCGCCCCAGUCAAAUGAGCCAAGUGACGCUUCCCCCUGCCGCUCCCCCUCCACCCCUCGACACCUUCGCUACCGCCAGUCCGGAGUCCAGUCGGCCGAGAACCCCCGGUGCCCCGUCUCCCCCGCCUCAGCCUUUGCCAUCGCCACGGCCGCGGCUGGCCACAGCAGCCCCCCAGCUUUUAACAGUUCGGAAAGGAUGUGCGACAAGGAGUUCAUCAUACGCAGAGCAGCUACCAACAGGGUCCUCAACGUCCUUCGACACUGGGUUUCCAAACACUCCCAGGAUUUUGAGAUGAAUGGUGAGCUGAAGAUGGGGGUGAUUUGUCUUCUGGAGGAGGUUUUGCGGGACCCAGACCUGCUGCCCCAAGAGAGGAAAGCCACAGCAAACAUUCUCAGUGCUCUUUCUCAAGAUGACCAGGAUGAUGCACAACUCAGGAUAGAGGACAUCCUGCAGAUGGCAGAAUGUCCCAAGGUGGAGUGCUUUGAGUCGCUGUCUGCCAUGGAGCUUGCGGAGCAGAUCACACUCCUAGACCACAUCAUCUUCAGAAGUAUCCCAUAUGAGGAGUUUCUGGGGCAGGGAUGGAUGAAGGUGGACAAGACAGAGAGGACCCCAUACAUUAUGAAGACCAGCCAGCACUUUAAUGACAUGAGUAAUCUAGUGGCGUCUCAGAUUAUGUCCCACACGGACGUGGGUUCUAGGGCGAACUCCAUCGAGAAGUGGGUGGCUGUGGCUGACAUCUGCCGAUGCCUUAACAAUUACAACGGCGUACUGGAAAUAACUUCUGCAUUCAACCGCAGCGCCAUCUACAGGCUGAAGAAGACAUGGGCAAAGGUGUGCAAGCAGACUAAAGCGCUGAUGGACAAAUUACAGAAGACAGUUUCAUCUGAAGGAAGGUUUAAAAACUUGCGGGAAACCCUGAAAAACUGCAAUCCUCCCUGUGUCCCCUACCUGGGCAUGUACCUGACAGACCUGGCAUUUAUCGAGGAAGGAACCCCGAACUUCACCGAAGAGGGCCUCGUCAACUUCUCCAAGAUGAGGAUGAUAUCGCACAUUAUCCGAGAAAUCCGGCAGUUCCAGCAGACGCCCUACAGAAUAGAGCAUCAACCAAAGGUCACUCAGUAUCUUUUGGAUAAAACCCUUAUCAUGGAUGAAGACACCCUGUACGAUUUGUCUCUGAAGAUUGAACCCAGACUUCCAGCCUAAGCGGCCACUGCUACUGGGCCCUGGAAAGGGCAGGAGAUUGGCGGUUUGGCAGCUGGGUGCCCUGUGUUUGGCAUAGCGCGGCAGGAGUUUGCUUUCAGUGGCUCCAGAUGGAAAGACAAGCAAAGGAAAAGGAGGACCAUUCAUUCAUUCAUUCAUUCAUUCAUUCAUGUCUGGAAGGAAUAAAUGGCAGUGAAACACCGAGGGUGUUUUUAGUUGGAAAGCUAACGUGAAAAGGAAGUGUGGGAUGGUCUUGGUUGCUUCACUUCAUUAGUUGCAGUACACUGAGAGCACUGGGCAACAGCAGUAUGUGCGCUGUUGGCGCUGCAGAUGGAGUAGAGCGCUUUCGGGAAACAUGUCUGGCGAUGUGGAAAGCUUUGAGCUGCAGAGAGAAAUGUAGCAUGUACAGAAUUUAAUACUUCUUAGUACUUUGGACUUUCUUCCUCACUUCUGGUCUGGUAAAUUAUAUCAUGCAUCAUGGUACCACAUCGAUAAUUAAUGCUUUCUCAGAAUGUUCGGCAAAAUAUGCCGUAGACGGCAAUAGGAAUGAGCUUAGUGUACAUUUACAGUGACUGCAAAUGCUGUUUUUCCAGUACAUACUUGAUUGCGACCUACACAUACUAUGGUUUUGUAGGAAAUAAGAGUUUCUUUGAUUAGAACCAAAAAAUGUUUCAUGGUUAGGUUUUACUUUGCACAUAUGUAGGUUGUUAAAAUGAUUGUCUCUUACUUACAGUAAUAUUCACUUCUGAAAAUAUUUUCCAAUGCCAAGAACUCGUUUGUGUUAAAGCAUCGUGCAUUCUAACGCUUUUGGAAUGAAAAGUGUAUUUUUUUAAGGUGCCUUCUUAUUAACUCUCGAUGUGUCACGGAUAUGGUAACGGUACACGCGAUGGGAACAGCGACGGCGCUUGCAAUGAUUAUUAUUAUUUACUAUUAUUAUUAUUACCAGUAAUUCUUUGGGCUUCUUCCUGGAGAUAAUUUAAAAAAAAAAAAAAAGGAGAUGAUCAACAACCAUGACGUGGUUUAAGGGAACAGUCAUGCUAUGUUGAAGUAUCAGAAUCGAGGCAACAGGAAAAGGAUUGCUUGCAGGUACCUACAUUCUUGUUUGCUUCUUUGCAUCCAGCAUGAAUGCAUUCAGGUGCUAAUGACAUUUUGAGCUCUCGCCCUUUCUCAAAUGCUAAGCGGCCCCGUCGAACCCGGGGCCUGUUUGCUGUCAGCGGACGCGAGCGGGGAGGCAUUUGAGUGACCUUUGCGUGGCGGCCAAGGCAAGUGCUGCUCCAAAAUGAGAGAUGAGGCCACAGGUUGAAUGGUGGAGAACGGCAUAACUCCAGGGCGUUUCAGCGCACGCUCAGCUGCUUGCGUCCUCCUGUGGGAGGAAACCUUCCAAACUGAACUGUAUCUUUUAAAUCAAUAGUUAUGUCAUUUAUGUUGAGCAUCUUUUCUUCUCUAUAUCCACUGUCAGAGUGAGUUGCAGGUGUAAGAAAGCGCACGUGUGUGUUUUUGUAGCAUUUACUACGCAAUUUGUACGGCUUUCAGUUUUAUUUUAAAAAGUGAUUGUUUACAUCUUUUGGAUACCUGACCCUCCAUAGUUGUUCAUAUGUAAGUAGUGCCAGUCAAGAUACUUAAUGAGAGCGCUAUUAAAAUAACACGUGACACUCUGUGCUGGCAGAUAUGCAGGUCACUUUUAGAAAUGGAUUCGUGGCAUGUGCUUCUAGUAAAAGACAGUAAAAAUGAGCUCCCUGUCACUGCUUGAUGGUGAACGUAAUUCUUUUGUAGAUCUUCCUUGAACGUAAUCUUUUGACCACUACAUACCUGUGGCAUGUCACUAAGAAUAUUAUUUCAGAUCUGGCUCUGUUUUUGUGAUCAGAUUGGUUGUGCCGGCACAACUGACGACACAAGAAUAAGAGGGGUCGCUCACCGUUGCUACUGUAAGUCAGCGGUGUGAUGUGUUUCUGACCAGUCACGGAGGCAGGGGUUUUGGUUCUAUUCUGUUUUAAUGGCCACUGUGUUAAGAGCGCUUCCUUUUUCAGGUCCUGAGCCAUCACUUGACUCAUGUCUCCAGGCUUAUCGAAGGGUUUUGUAUAAGUCAAUGUAACUGCAUAAGUCAAUACUUAAGAUCUAAACACACACACAUUUGCUGAAGCCGAUCCGGCAGCACAGGGCGUGAGGCUGGAGGGGGAGG